GCAUUGAUGGUUGUUGCUAGUAAUACUGUAUUGGUUCACAUGAGUGUAGGGAUACACCUAGAUUCACUGGUAUAGGUUAAAUGAGCUAUAGGGAACGUUUAUCCAGAAAUUCUGACCUGACAGCAAAAGGCACCUGGCCACUUCGAUACCAGGCGCUCUUCAGGGCUGAGGUAAUACCAGAUCUCACCACAUGGGGGCUCGUCCGGGAUUUAUUAUUAUUAAUUUAAUAAUUUGAAUCCGAGUGAACAAUAAUUAUUAAAACACCAUCAAAAUCCGCUAAACAGUGUCUCCAGAGUUGAAGGAGAGGGUUACAGAGAGUAACUGUGUCUCCUUAGUGCAAAGAGGAAGUUACUGAGAGGGUGCUUCCUCGUAUUAACUGUAAAAAAUCUUCAGGGACGCCUGAGAGAUAAAUUAUAUGGUUAAGCACUAAACGGGGUAAUUGAUCCAGAGGACUGCGCAGAGGGACCACACGAGUACCCAAUAUAUAUAACCUCGAAGAAGGAUAAUUACCAGAACUCUCGAAAGGCAGACACACAGUCAUGGACAAGAUAACUCAUAUUGCUUUACUCCCACCAGAUAAAUUUAGCAAGCGCUUGAAAGACGCAGGGCUAAAAGACACUGAGGAGCUCAUAGCUACUGAGUGUACUUUGUAUACACCUACCGUUGACGGAUUAAAAAGAUUAGUCCAAACCGUCGGUGAACAAACUCGAAGUGACAAGAUCACUGUAGAAGUAGGGGACCAUGAUGUCUCCCUACCGAUAGUUCCAGGUAAAGAGAUACAGGUAACUAGAGGCGGGAUCCCAGACCAAAGAGCUAGAGGCUCCACUGGAUCUCCGUCCCUCUCAGUACAUACUGACAGGGAGGAAACAGCCGAGUGCGUUUACAACCGCCUAGAUAAGGCAGAAGCACAAGCAGCGACAGAGUCAGGGGCAAUUGUAAAACAUACGAACUUUAUCACCGGUUUCUCUCCCUCAAAAUGGGAAGAAGAAACAUGGGAAAAUGUUACUUCCACCGAGAAAAAAGAUAAAUAUGGAAAACUGGGUCAGGAAGAUUCAAGUGAUAGUUCGAGUACGGGCUAUAGCGAGGAUGAAAUGUUACCUAAACGAAAGAAAGUUAAUUACAAGCGAUCAAAGAGCCAAUCGUGUGAGGGGCGAAGUGGCUCGGUACAAAGGGACCAUGAAAACCUCGGGGGUAGAACAUUUCUAACCUGCCCGGGCUUAGUGUUCGAUCCGCAGGACCCACAGUGGGCAUCGCUUACAGAGGUGCAGCAAAAAAUAGUCAAACUGGCCGUAGGACCAACCCCAGAUGAAAUCUUGGACAUGCCAGGAACUAGUUCCAAGGCGAAAAUAGACAUGCUGGCAGAACAAUUAAAUUGUAUGCAAGAGGCAUUAUGUUACGUGUUAUUAGAUGAAAAUGAAAAAGAAGAACACGAACCGACAAUUAAUGACAUAAAAAAAAUGAGAAAGGCAAUGUAGGGAGCCAGCACCUAAUAGAAGUAAAGCUCAGAGAAGCAAGGAAAAAGCACAACAGAGAGAUUGCUCCACUAAAAUAGUUGCCAGGGAAAGCUUCGAAAAAUCCCGUGGUAGGGAAACACAUAGGCAAGUUGUAAAAUAUGAAGAGGAAUCUUCAGACUCGCAGUCCGAGUAUGACUAUUUGACCUCUGACACGGAGGGGGAUUGCGGGGGUGAAGAAAAGUUAUUGCCCUUGAAACAAGAAGUAGAUUUAUCUCUCACCGCGGCUCUGGCAAGACAAAGAAGGGAAAAGAGGAAGUCAGAUAGAAAUGAGGAAGACGUUAGUCUGAAGCCUAGGCGGGGACCGUCGAGACAAGCCAAGGGCGAUAGAGUUUCUGCAAUCCAGUUAUUGCAAAACAUGUGAUUUCAAGGGGUAAAAGAUAACAUGAAAAAGGCGAAAAUGGUAGCAGAUUUAGGAAAAAUGCUAAAUGCACCUACCGGCCUAAUAGAGCAAAAGGAUUCGACAUUAUACAGGGAUAGUGUUGAAAUUACAAGCUAUAGAAUCACAUUACGUUCAUGUGAUAGGGAAAGAUAACAAAGCAGAAUUAAGAGAGGAGUUAGAGGUGUUAAGAACCACAGGACUGUGGGCUUAUCGCUCUGAAAAAGCUGACAAAGGGUGGACUGAAACCAAAGUGUUAGCACCAUUGAAAAAGCUGGCCGCAGAAUUGCCGGGGAGUAAAGAAAUAGCUCGUCGAGGGUCAGAAACUGAUUGGCCUGAAAUGUCCAAAUUCGCAGUAAGGUAUGGCAGAAAUACUGAACAAAUAAGGGAAGAGAUCAUACCCAAGCAGGAGUAGACUGCAAGAGGGGGACAGGACAAAACCAAAAGCUAGCUUUAAACCAGCGAGAAAUAGAAUAAAUAAUGCUGUAUGAAUAAAGAGAAGCGGAAAAGAACCCUCAAAAAAUCCUGUGUAUCAGAAACCUAAACAGCAUUUCAGACCAGGGCAGAAAAAUAACUCUAGAGAAAAGCACAGAUAGGAAAACGGAACCAAAAAAGAGGAACUGAAACCAGAGCGAGCUCGAGGAGUCAGAUCCAACAAGCCAGCUAGAAAGACUGACAAAUAGGACGAUAAAGCUCCAGGAAAAGCGACCAUCACCGCCGAGGUCACCCCAAUAACCGAAUGGCCUCCCGGGGCUGUGAAUGUAGAUGGGCAGCACAGAGUGUAUGGUUUAAGCAAUGAAAUGAAACCAUGAUCCAGAGGUAGGGACCGCUGGGAAGGAUUACACUGUAUAGUGGACAGUUCAAAUUUAAUGAAUGUUAUAGAUGGCAUUUAUGUUAAGGAAAUGCACGAUAAAAAUCUUUAUAAUGAUAAACGAAUCAGAUGGAUUAAGGUCAGCCCGGAGUAUGAGAUAAAUAGAGUCGUAAAAAAGACUCUGCCUAAAGAUGAAUUGAGAGAGUUAUUAGAAAAAUAAAAGAAUAACUGCGCAAAGAGCAAUAAUGAUUGUGGAAAGUUACACAAGAAAUAUGAGUACACAAUAUUAGGCGGAAUCCCUGCGCCACAGAGACAGUGCCCGCUUAAUAGAGCCUUCUACAUAGAAAUAAGGGUAACUAGAAGAGUUAAAAAAGGAACGAAUCACAAGCUUGAGACAGUUGCAGGGCCUGAAGA